GGCAUUAUAUAGGGACUCUAUAGGGCAGUAUUUGUGUCGAGCAUCGCGCGAGGGAGUGAGUGAGUGAUUGUGAGGAUGAGUGCAGUCAGUCAGUGAGCUGCUGCGGCCCGCGGACAUCUGCACAUCCAAUGGAGCUGUGCGGAUUCUCGACAAACUCCAGGUGUUUGAUCACAUUUAUCAUCACUCAUAUGAUCUUUAGGGAUGGACGACGAUCUAGUGUGUGAAUAUGACUCCACCUGGGACACGGAGAGCGACGGGGACGAGCUGGAAAACACCGGCCGCAGCAAGAAGACACGGCCCGCAUUCUGGUCCAACUCUUCCUCCAGAAACCUCAGAGCGGCCAAGGACAUGCAGAACUAUAGACAUGGAUAUCCAAAUAUCAAUGAAGAGGAAUGCCCAGAAGAAAGAAUGACUAAUUUAAAAUUCUAUCUAAAUGAAAUUAAGUCAUCACCUGAUGAUGUGUCGAUUGAGACGUUUCACACAGAGUGGAAGACGGAUUACAAAAGACUGGAGAGAGUUCAUUCCUACAUUCAGUGGUUGUUUCCUUUGCGAGAGCCAGGGGUGAACUACAUGGCUGCAGAGCUCACCAAGAAAGAAAUCCAAGCGUUCAGGGAGAGUGAUGAAGCUAAGAGUCGUCUUCUUGAUUCCUACGAACUCAUGCUGGGCUUCUACGGGAUACAGCUGCUCAACAGAGAAACAGGGGAGGUGAAGCGUGCUGAGAACUGGAGGGAGCGAUUCGCCAAUCUAGAGAGAAACAUGCACAAUAAUCUCAGAAUUACCAGGAUCCUCAAGAGCCUGGGAGAGCUGGGUUUUGAGCAUUUCCAAGCCCCUCUUGUGCGCUUUUUCCUUGAGGAGACCCUCGUCAGGAAGACCCUCAGCAGUGUUAAACGCAGUGUGCUCGACUACUUCCUGUUUGCUGUGCGUGACAAGCGUGAGCGCAGAAAGCUGGUCCGCUUCGCCUUUCAGCACUUUGAGCCCAAAGACAAGUUUGUAUGGUGCCCCAGAAAAAUCCAAAAACGCUUCAAGAAGAAGUCCGAGAAGCGACAGAACUCUUUAGCUGGCAGCGGAGACAGCGCAGCAAACGACGAAGGUCACUCCCGAUACAAACACAAGGAUGGAGAAGCCGCAAGUGAGCCUAAACACAGCAAGCCAGUUGGCGAUCUUAUAGAUGCAAAGAAGGAAGGCGACAGUGACUCCAUAAUGAGAGUUGACUCCGAAAAACCUUCUGAGGGCUCAUCAGAAGACCAUGAGCCAAAUCUAGAUGCCUCUUCUGUAGAGUUACCUCUCAAUAAUGGCACCAGUGUUAACAACGGAGAGAUUGUUAGUCUUGAGCCAAGCAGUGUUGAAGGAGGAAAGCUGCUGAAGUCACUCAAAAAGCUGAGAAAGUCCCGGAGGUCUCAAACACUGUCUGGGAAUGUGUCGCUGGUUCUACCGCAGGAUCAAGCGACUGUGAUGACUCUCGGGAUGAGAUGGACAGUCCUCUCUGUCCAGCUGACUCCCAGAAGGAACUUGAAGAAACUGCCUCAGGUACAAGUAAGGAAAGGACAGUGACUGACAGCCCUGAACACAACUCCCCAACGCCGUCUGAGAAGUUCCCCAGGCCUGACUGCGAUCAUAAAGAGAAGAGCAUCCGAUCAGAAAACCACCAGAAGAAUGGAAUUAACUGCAACCAAUCAAAUGGAUCAGAGAAGGAAGAGCCAAUGGAAAUUGUGGAAAUGAGUUCAUAGCUCGCCCAUGAAUGAUUCCUGAAUAUGAUAAAGCACUGAAAAUGGACACUUUAUAAACUUAUUACAAGAUGAAAUGAAUUGACCUGUUGUUUUCUAAAGAAGGCAUUCAUUCAAAAGGCUUUUCUUUAUGCUUUCAGUGUAUCAGUUCAGUUAGCGGGAAUGUUAUUGUCACCUGCAUCGGCAGGGCCAAAUGUACACCCGUCGUCUUAUAGCCAGUUUAUCUAGGUUGAACCUUUAUUUGUCCAUGCUUUCAGAUUUUUUCCAAUAUUUGUUUUUUAACUGAAACUGUGAAAGAAGAAUGUCGUUUUUGCAUUCAACUAAUAAGAAACAAUUAUUGAUUAAAAAUAUUUCCAUAGUGAAUACGUAUAGUUCGGAUACUGUUUUUGAGCAGAUAUGCUGUAUUUCCCAAAACAUGUUUUGUUGAUUACCCUGAACUGUAAUGAAGGGGCUUGUCUUUUACUGAGGUAAUGGAAAUGCCCAAGUUCAAAAAUGUUCAUUUUACAUCUGCAGUGAAGUAAGCUAGAAGCAUUAAUAAGAAAAUAAUCUCUAUGAUCAGUUGUAUAAAUCAGUCUCUUAGUGAUUCUCUGAAUGUUCAGCACAUGCAUUAACUCCCAAUUUAUAAAGCUUUUUACCUUUUUCCACAUGACCUUAAAUUAACCCUUCAUGAAAUAUUCUAGAAUAAAUCAAACCUUUUUCACCUAUGAAUUACUGUUCAUAGAUGGUUCUUUUGUUGCUUUAAAACUGAUUUCUCCUGUUCUCUGCACAUGUUUAUAUGCUUUUUAAAGUAAUAAUUAAAGUGUACUUUCAUUUGG